AUGUCAGAUAACGAACAAGAAGAAACAACACAAGUUGUUUUAAAGGAGGAUAAAGGAUUUGUAUCAUUUUUUCAAGGUUUGGAUUUAACAGAUAAAGAUACAAUCAGAUUAUUUGAUAGAAAGGGAUAUUAUUCAAUUCAUGGCGAUGAUGCAGUAUUUGUUGCAUUAAUGCAUUUUAAAAGUAAAAAGUCAUUAAAAUAUUGGGGUACAGCAAAUGAAAUGCCAAAAAAGAAAAUUAAAUUAGACAGUUCAUCAUCACCACCACCUUCAAAUGAGGAUACAAAUUUAGGAUUGGCAUGUUUAACAAUUAGACAGGGUUUUGAAUACGAACAGAUUAUUAAAGAGUUAUUUGAAGAAAAAAAGAAAAUUGAAAUUUGGGCAGCUAAACCAAAUAGAAUUAAUCAAUGGGAGUUAUCAAAGAAAGGCUCAAGAGGAAAUACUCAACAAUUUGAGGAUGUUUUAUUUAAUUAUACAGAGAAUUCAGUAAUGAUGGCAUUAAAAGUUACACGUGAGAAAGGAUCAAUUGUCUUUGGUAUUGCAUUUGGGGAUGCCACAUUCAAGACCCUGGGCGUUUCAGAGUUUAUGGACAAUGAUAAUUUAUCAAAUCUCAGUAGUUUUAUAAUGCAAAUGAGUAUCAAAGAGUGUCUUUUAUAUAGCGAUCCAAAGAACUAUGAUUAUGCAAAAGUAAAAGAAAAGUUAGCCGAGGCUGAUAUUCCAUUUACCGAGGUUCCAAAAGCCGAUUUCAGCUCAAAGAAUGCAGAACAGGAUUUAACAAGAUUAUUGGGUUCGGUUAAAAAUAAUUUAUUAGACUUGGAAAAAGAAAAUGCAAUUCAAUCUGCAAGUUGUUUAAUUAAGCAUUUAGAUUUAUUAUCAAACCCAAAUUAUUUUGGUAAAUUUAAAUUAGAAAAGUUUGAUUUAAAUAAAUAUAUGAAAUUAGAUUCAGCAUCAUUCAGAGGUUUACAUAUUAUUGACUUAAAGGAACACAAUUCAUCGGGAUUACCAAACUCAUCAGCAACAUCAACCAAAGAUCAAUCAUUAUAUAAUUUAUUAAAUCAAUGCAACACACCUAUGGGAUCAAGAUUACUUUUACAAUGGGUCAAGCAACCUUUAUUAGAUACAGAGGAAAUUGAAAUGAGACUAAAUUUUGUUGAAACCUUUUUCAAUGACAUUGAAUUAAGACAAUCACUUCGUUCAAAUGACUUAAAGAAAAUUGGUGAUUUAGAUCGUCUUUCAAAGAAAUUACAUGGUCAAAAAGCUUCAUUGGAAGAUUGUGUUAAUCUUUAUGGCAUUGUUAAUCGUUUACCAGUUGUUUUAUCAACAUUAAAUGGUCAUAGUGGUGUACAUCAAGAGAUGCUCAAAGCAAAUUUCAUCGACAGUUUAGAAUCAAUUAUUAACGAUUUCCAAAAGUUUUGUGCUAUGGUCGAAAAAACUAUUGAUUUGGAUUUAGCCAAUGAAAAACACGAAUAUGUUAUCCGUUCAAGUUUUGAUGAAGCUCUUGCCGAAAUUCAAAAACUUAAAGAUAAAACAUCCCAAAAGAUCGAAGGAUUCCGUAUAAAGACUGCAGAUAAGUUGGAUUUGGAUGAAUCAAAAGUAAAAUUACAUUAUAGCGAAAAAGAUGGUUACCUUUUAAGAAUCUCUAGAAAAGAUGAGGUCAAAUUAAGAGAUAAAAAAGAGUUUAUAAUUUAUGCUACACAAAAGGAUGGUGUUAGAUUUUCAAUUAAGGAGAUUAAUAACCUCAAUGAGACAUACAAAAAAUUAUCUGCAGAGUAUGCAAAUAAACAAGAUGGCCUUGCUAAAAGAACCCUUCAAAUUGCCGCCUCGUUUGUUCCAUUAAUCGAAGAUCUUAGUUCAUUAAUAGCAACUUUAGAUGUUUUUGUAACCAUGGCCCAUAUAUCAUCAAUUGCACCAACUCCUUUCGUUAGACCAGAGAUCCAUCCACUUGGUACUGGUAACACUGUUAUUUUUGGUGGUCGUCAUCCUUGUGUUGAAACUCAAGAUGGUGUUAGUUUUAUUGCAAAUGAUAUCGAAUUGAUUCGUGAGGAAUCUCAAUUCCAAAUUAUUACAGGUCCAAAUAUGGGUGGUAAAAGUACAUUUAUUCGUCAAGUUGGUUUAAUUGUUUUAAUGGCCCAAAUAGGUUGUUUUGUUCCAGCUCAAAAAGCUAUUGUUUCAGUUGUUGAUUGUAUUUUAUCAAGAGUAGGUGCCGGUGAUAGUCAACUUCGUGGUGUUUCUACUUUUAUGGCAGAGAUGUUGGAGACUUCAUAUAUUUUAAAGGUUGCCACCAAGAACUCAUUAAUUAUUAUUGAUGAACUUGGUAGAGGUACUUCCACAUACGAUGGUUUUGGUUUGGCUUGGGGUAUCGCCGAAUAUAUUUGUAAUCAAAUCGGUGGUUUUUGUUUAUUUGCAACCCAUUUCCAUGAGUUAACAAUUUUGGCAGAUAUCAUCCCUGUUGUUAAAAAUUUACAUGUAUCGGCAAGUACUGAAAAUAAUACUUUUACUUUGUUGUAUAAAGUCGAAUCUGGUGCCUGUGAUCAAAGUUUUGGUAUCCAUGUUGCCGUUUUAGCUGAUUUCCCACAACAAGUUAUUGAAACUGCAAAAUUAAAAGCUAAAGAAUUAGAAUCAUUUGAAUCAAAUACUCUUAAGCAAAAUCAUAAUAGUUUUUUGGAAGAAUUUAAAGAAAUUGAUUUUAAUACACAAAAUACCACAGAAUCAUAUGAAAUAGUAAAAAGUUUAUUAAGCAAAUAUUCAAUUGAUAUUGAAUAAUUUAAAAAAAAAAAAUAAAUAAAAAUUAUAAAAAUAAAAUUUUUUAUUGUAGAUGU